AUGUCUUGCCUUGAUGAAUUCGAUCAGCAUUGGGACUAUGAUGAUCCAUCGAAAUGGAGCGAACAAUAUCCAGCAGCAAAAGGUCUUUGUCAGUCGCCAAUCAAUAUCAAAUUUGGCGAAACUGUUAAGCAGCAUUAUCCACCAUUUACAUUUUCUCCUAAGUAUAAGGAUCGACUUUUAUUUACAUUAAGAAAUACUAGUAAGAAGCUUACUGUUACAUUAGCUAAAAAACAACAUAAUAAAAAUCAAACAGAUCUAUGGGUCACAGGUGGUGGCUUAAAUGGUACGUUUCAUUUCGUCAAUUUUCAUUUACAUUGGGGUAACAAUGAUCGACACGGUUCCGAACAUGAAUUUAAUGGAUAUCGAUUUCCUGCCGAAGCACAUUUUGUUUAUAAGAAUUUUGAAAAUCAAGAAAUAACAGUAUUUGCAUUCUUUCUUGAUGUAUCAGGUCGAUUUGACGACGAAAAUACGGAAUGGAAAAAAUAUGCUGAUGUUACAACUCUUUUGAAAAAUAGUGGUGAUACAUAUGAUUGUACAUUCAACUUAAGUCAUCUUAUGCAAAUUGAAAAUCAAAAAUUUUUUCGUUACAUGGGCAGUUUAACGGCACCACCUUGUACUGAAGGCAUUGUAUGGUCUGUAUUUUUUAAUAUAGUACCAAUUUCAGAACACAGUUUAAAUUUACUUCGUAAUAAUGUAGUACGAACAGCUUUUAGACCAGUACAACCAAUUAAUCAUCGAAUUAUUUAUCGAAAUUUUGACUUUUGA